CCGUUCACUCCCAAGAAGAGCACAUUCAUCCAUCCUUGUGAGAAAUCACAUAUCGUUCGGCUUGAGAAGGAGAAACAAUAAAAAUAAAUCGACCAUACAUGAUCUGCACAAAACAGGCUACCAGAGAGCAAUGUACGAAUAGCAGUGGGAAACGUGGUCCAAUCGGGGUAUGUGAAAACAAUCCAAAGCGGCUAGAGGGGUUCAAAGGAGGUAAAAAAAGAAGAAGAAAAAUCGGGGGCAGAGAGAGAGAGAGAGAGAGCGGGCGGGGGAAGGAGGAGGAAGAAGAGGAGUAAACUUGAUUGAUGGAGUAAUGAGAGGAGCAGCGAG